GUUUAUAUUUUUUUUUCGUACAAGCGCUUGGCGAGUUUUGCGCUUCUAUUGCCUCGAGGAAAGUGGAUUUUUCUAUUGUAAAUCAAUAGUUUUAAGUGUAAAAAGUAAGAUAAAAGUGUAAACCAUCGUUGUGUGCUCAAGUUGCCGCUGUAGCGCGCUGAAUUUGACCCGUCCAAAUGUGUCUCCGUGUGUGUGAUUGAAUUGUGCAAGUGUGUGCUGCUCCACUAUUGUGCGUGUGGACCAUUGUCGUGUGCCCCCCUCGCAGGCAGGUGCAGCUCGGACCGCUAACGGAGUACCGCGCCGCCACCAUGUUCGUGGAAGAUCUGAGGACACAAUUUUACCAGCGGCUGAUUGGCAAGCGCAUCCUGGUCAUUGUGAACUACGACAUCGAUGCCAUCUGCGCCAGCAAGAUCCUGCAGGCCCUGUUCAAGUAUGACAACAUGCUGUACUCGAUCGUGCCCAUCAUGGGCAUCAUGGGUAUGGUGCGGGCAUUCAACGAGAACAAGGACGACGUCAAGUUUGUGUUGCUGGUCAACUGCGGCGGUUGCAUCGAUCUGGUGGAUCUGUUGCAGCCGGAACCGGACGUGGUGUUUUUCGUUUGCGACUCCCACCGGCCGUACGACAUCUGCAACGUGUACAGCGAUCAGCAGAUUUGCAUCCUCGGCGAGAUGAACCCCGACGAGGGCAUUCCAGACUUUGACACCUGCUUCCAGGAUUCCGAGGACGAAGGCGACGACGACGAAGACGAUGAUGCGGUGGACAACAGCGACGAGGAUGAUGAGGAGGGUGGCGGAGGCGCCGGUGCCAGCCGGGAACGGAACCGCAUCGAGCGUAUCGAGCGACAGCUGCUGAAACGGCGCCAGCGUCGCGAGUGGGAGGAGAAGCGAAAUCAGAAGCUGUUCGAUUACACCCAGUUUAGCUAUUACGGGUCGAGUUCGGCGCUGAACAUUUUCGAGCUGGCCUGGCACCUUUCGAAAGACUCGAUCGAUCUGCUGUGGUGGGCGAUUGUGGGUGUGACGGAACAGUUGCUGCUGGGGAAGAUUGACAGUGCAGCUUAUACGUUUUUCACGGAGAAGAUGCGACCGCACGUGUCACGACUCACGAACAAAGCCACCGACCAGGCCAUCCAGACGUCGGUGAAGAUUCUGUUUGAGAACGAUCUGCAUUUGGCGCUUUACCGCCACUGGAGCGUGCUGGAUUCGCUCAAGUAUUCAAUCUAUCCGGCGUGUAAGAUGAAACUUUGGACGUACAAGGGCGAAAAGGUGAUGCAUGAGUUGCUGGUCGACAUGGGACUGCCGUUGGUGCAGGCCAAGCAAACGUUCAACGCGAUGGAUUUAGUUUUGCGGAAAGAGUUUCACGACAAGAUGGAAAAGUUUGCCGACAAGUUCCAUCUGCCGGAGAUCGUGUACGGUUCGUUCGUCCUGCAGUAUGGCUACCGGAACAAAUACUCAGCCGCCGACUACGUGUACUCGAUGCUGGCCAUCCUGGAGUCGGUCAAGAAGGACCGCACGCCAGAGACGUGCUUUCUACAGUCGAUGGACGCCCUCUCGCGAAGCAACAAGGAAAUUCUGGACGAAGGAAUUGAAAUCUGCAAGACGCUGCUCUCGACGAUCUUCAAGCAGGUCCAGAGCUCGCUCGAGAUGCACGCCGUCUACUCCGCAGGACCAUUUCUGUACUUUAUCCUGCAGGAGGAAAUUCCCUUCUUCACCUGCCCCUACGGACUCAUCAUGCUGGCCCGGUUUCUGCUGAACGGUCACGUGGCCGUGUCGCGCAACCGGAGAGCGCGCGAGUUGCCGCUGAUUGCGGUCGCACCCAUCGAUCUCGCCCGGGGCGUCUCGCUGCUGGUCGGAAUUCCGCCUGUCUGCGAGGAAAGCAAAAGCCUCUUCGGGAAGGCGUUCGACCAGGCGGCCAAAAAGAGUGGGUCCACAAUUAGCCAGGACUUUUUCGAAACGUCCGUCAUCCAGAUCCGCCAGUCGGACUGCACUAAAUUUCUGGACGCGAUGACCGUGCUGUUGAGCUGAGCUGUUUUGUUGUGUGGAUGAGUACAGUUUAGAUGUAAGCUUAGGGUACACUGACGUUUAGAGAUUAGUUUUUACCAGUAAUUUCAAUUUUUACACCUGACUUACAAUAUUUAUCGAUAAACCAAUUGCACCGUGCGCACGACAUAUACAAAAUUUCUGAAGAAAAUAUAGCGUUAUUAAAUCUAGGUAAA